AUGACCGAACAACAGAAGCCUACCGGCCAUGUCGGGAAUCUGACGAAGGAGGAGGAAGAGAAGCUGCAGGAGCUCUGGACUGCGCUUUUCAAGGUUUGCGGGGUGGUUGCUAGUGAGAAGCCCGAGAACGAUCAGAAACAAGAACAACAGAAUGGAAAUGGAGAGGGUGCGACACCUUCCGACACCAGUACGCCUGAUGCGAAGAAACCUAAGAAGAGACUGGGUUUCUUUAGCAGGAAGAGCGAGAGUCCCAGUGACUCCCCGUCGUCAGAUAGCGUGGCGAGCUCAGUCGCGGGGAUGAAGUUAUCCGACGCCGACGACAAGUACGGCGAGACAAGGGAGUUUCUUGAAGCUCUGAAGGACACCUCGCCAGAAGACAUAAGGCUUGCGUUCUGGAGCAUGGUCAAGCACGACCACCCCGAUGCACUAUUACUUCGAUUCCUUCGUGCACGCAAGUAUGACGUCAACCGUGCCCUGGUCAUGCUAGUAUCUGCAUUCCGAUGGAGGUCACAGACCAUGCAUCUCGAUGAUAUUAUGGUUAAAGGUGACUGUUUUAUGGAAGAAGAGAGCAAAAGCGAGGAUCUUGCCAAGAAGCAGGAGGCCUCUGAUUUUGCAAAGCUUCUUCAGCUGGGUGAGAGUUUUAUACAUAGUACCGACAAGGCUGGGCGACCGAUAUGCUACAUUCGAGUGCGCCUGCACCGAAUUGGAGCUCACUGCGAGUCCAGUCUUGAAAGAUACACUGUAUACCUUAUUGAGACGUCCAGACUACUUUUAAAAAGCCCAGUCGAGACUGCUGCGCUUGUCUUCGAUAUGACUGAUUUCUCACUUGCAAAUAUGGACUAUACCCCUAUCAAAUUCAUGAUUAAGUGUUUUGAGGCCAAUUAUCCCGAAAGCUUGGGCAUUAUUUUAGUCCAUAAAGCCCCCUGGAUAUUCUCCAGCAUCUGGGCUGUUAUAAAGGGGUGGCUUGAUCCCGUGGUUGCGGCAAAGGUGCAUUUCACCAAGACCCCCGAGGACCUGGAAGCUGUCAUUCCCCGGAACAACCUUCUAAAAUCCCUUGGUGGCGAUGACGAGUAUGAUUAUAAAUAUGUCGAGCCCAUAGAGGGUGAAAAUGAUAAACAAUGGGAUACUAGCCGCCGCGAUGAAUUAUUUAAGACCAGAAUGGAGAUAGCCGGCGCUUUCCAGGAAGCAACUUUGGCCUGGAUCGCUUCCAAGUCAGAUCCUACUGCCAAAGAGGAGGAGAAAAGCUCCGUAAAGAAGACCAGGACUGAGCUUGCUGAGAAAUAUUGUGAGAACUACUGGCAGCUUGACCCAUAUAUCCGUGCGAGAUCCAUGUAUGAUCGCCUGGGCCUCAUCCCGCCUUCAAAGGAAGAUGAAGCCAAGGAGCUCUCGCCUACUCCGCAACUAUCUGAGAAGGUGAAUGGAGAUGCUGUUCCAGUUGCAGCCGAACAGAUUGCCCCUGCUGUUUGA